CUGGCCACCCACACCACUCCCUCUCCACCACUCCCCCUUCUCUCUAGUCAUAGUCAGACACAAGCAGACUGGUUGAGUGGCAACACACUACGAGAGGGGGGAAAGAUCUGUAGAAUUGAAUGAGCUGUUUUAAGGGAGCCCUAGCUAGUCUCCCCCUCUGAGCCCGGGAAGUAGUGGAAAAUGUGAGAAACGCUGCGCCUAUUCUCCGAGUAGUUCUGAAACGAGCACGAGGGGUAAAGACCGCAUCUCUAAAAACGACUUCCUUCAAACCCCUGGAACUGUGACUGUCCAGAGGAGAACACUCCCCUCACACACUCCCCAACUGACCGUGGAGGCGUGAGAAGAGCCGUGGAGAGGAGCAGCUGACGCGAAACAGACGAAGCACAACUAGAAAGAGAGUAAAAAGGAGAGGGGGAGGAGAAGAUGGAGGCCUUGCUUCCUGUGUUGCAGCGACACCCUGGAAUGUCUGUGUUGGUGUGGGCUCUGAUGUUCCGGGUGGCCCACCGACUACUACAGAAUCUGCCUGUGCCCAAAGCGGUAGCGGUGGAUGACUUCCGCUCCUGGAAGUGGAGGAACCUCUCGGUCUCUAUGGUCCACUCCCUCCUGACAGGGACUUGGGCUGUGACCUGUGUGAUCAUUUCGCCUGAGUUGGCAACCAACAUUCACUCCUUCUACACGGCCCCGGCCUACAUGCUCAUUUGCAUCUCAUCAGGAUACUUUGUACAAGAUGCAGGUGACAUCAUUCUAACUGGACAUGCAAGAGGAUCCUGGGAGUUCUUAAUUCAUCAUGUUCUGGUGCUCUGGUGCUUCCUGUAUUCUCUGUACUCACACCUCUACGUGGCCGGUGCUGUGGUGGCUCUCUUUGUGGAGGUUAACAGUGUCACCCUGCAUUUGAGGCUAAUGCUGAAGCUAGCAUCACAGCAGUCGUCCCCUCUGUACCAAAUCAAUAAGUUCCUCAACCUCUUCACCUACAUCGUCUUCCGCCUCAGCGCACAGUUCUACCUCACAUAUUACAUCGUCCAGAACUACUCCUGGAUGGACAAAGGAGGCUACUUCCUGGUUACCAUGACUCUCAUGAACACCAUGAUCCUGAUCUACUUUUAUCGUCUUCUCCGCGCCGACUUCUUCCCCCGGAGCAGGGCUCACAUGGAGCAAAAUGGCACCCACAACAACGUCAAAAAGUUCCUCACUGAAUGACACCGAUAGUGACAGGACCGUAUACCAGAUGUUGUGUUUGGCUCGUGUUGUCGUGAGAGGCGGCCAGGAAAGGAUGUGGACAGUGGUACAUGCCCUAUAGUGAUUAUUAUGCCCACUGUGGCUGAAGAUCCCUCACUCACACUAACUGGGCAGCAUACAGUGAGAGACUGGUCUGUUCACACUAACUGGGAGAAUCCUACUAAAUUACUUCCAGGAUACUAUGACACUUUUGCUUCUGAUCAUAGCUAAUACAAUUGUUAAUAAUAUAGGAAUUUACAUGAUUCAUGUGGAUUGCUCUUUUACAGAAAAAAAUGCUAACAAUCAUACAUGCAUACAGUAGAGAAACAAACUGCCAAGGAUAACAGGGACCACCUUGAUUGCUGUACAUCCCACCCCACAAAUUCUGUCAGGUGUGGCUUAGCAACAUAGUUUUAUUGAAAUUUCCACUAAUAGGAUUUUGUAAAUGUACUGUAAUACAAUCAAUAUCUGACACUAACAAACUGUCAGACAAUA